AUGGGGGCGCGGGGAAGGGUGAGGGAAGAGACGGGGAGGGGAGGACGAAGGGGGAGAGGAGGAGGAGGGGGGAAGGGAAGAGGAGGAGGAGGAGGAAGGAAGCUGAAUAAGCUAGGCCUUUACCCCAGGGCUCGAGUGAGUCGCUUUCGCCUGCCGCCUGGGGGACAUCACCGGGGAGACCGAGCUGCUCCUCACGGCAGGGAGGCUUCACCGCGGGAGAGGCAUGGCGGCGCCCCUCAGCCCCCCGCCGCCGCCGCCGCCUCCUCCCGUCAGCGGCCGGGGCUGGGGGGGAUGAGGAGGGGACGUCUGAAGACGAGGUGGGGGGGCAAGCCUCCCCCAAAUUCAAGAACGGCUGCUCAGGGACUCCGCGGCCUGGCCUUCCUUUCUUGCCCCCCGGGGCUUUCUACUCCGGGGGCCCGCGCUGCUGCAGCCCCAGGCUCGGCUCCACGCCACUCCCCACGCCGCCGCCGCCACCGCUCGCUCCCGGCCCCGCCGCCACCGCGGCCGCCGCUGCCCUGCCAGCCCGGGAGGCAGCCUAGUGCGCGCAGCCGCACUGCGGCCCGGCGCAGAAGGCAAAACACCUACCGCUCCGCCGGGGGAGGGGGGGGCGUGGACCGGCGUGUGCGGGUUACGGGCGCGGGCGCGGGGGACCGGGAGGGGGGCGCACGGGUGCGCAGGGCGGGCGCGGGCCAGCUCGGCCCGGAACGUGCGCCGCCGGGGCGGGAGGAGGGGACUGGCCAAGCUGGUGGAGGAGAGCAGGAAAACGUGGGGGAGGUGCUGGCGAGAGAAAGAGAACUUGCGUGAGGAGAAGGAGGAGGAGAAACCAAAUAUAAUAUUUGGCGUGGAAAUGGGAUUUUGGGGUUUUUUUCUGGCAUCUUCAAAUCAGGAAAAGUGCAAUUAAUCAACGUCCCCCCCCCCUCGACAAGUGAGGAUUGCUUUCUCCCUGGGUGAAGAGAAUUGAAACAGGGAGGACAGCAGAAAU